GGAGGGCGUGGGGAAGGCGGGGCCCACCGCCUUCUGCUCGGUGAGGGAGAACCUGCGCUGGAGCUUCUCCUUCCGGGAGGGAUGCUCAGCCCCGCGGGAAAACGCAGAAAAAGGCUCUUGCCGCUUUAAGUGACUCAGGAAGUGAAAGGAGGCCGCUGACGGCGAGGGGCAAGUGGAACCGGGGCGGCGCGGGUCCGCGGCGGCCGCGAUCUUGCCGGGCCACGGAGGCUGAGCUGCGCGGCGGGCGCGGGGGCCGACGGGGCGCGGGCAGCCGAGCCGGAAGUGGCGCGUGAGGGACGAGGCGCAGCGCGGCGCGCAGCGGAGAGAGGCCGAGUGGGCGGCAGGCCCAGCGCUGUCGGCUGGUCGGGCCCAAGGCCUCAGCGGUGCAGACGCGGCGCGGCCCAGCGGGGCGGGCGGUCGGUCCCCGGGGAGCAGGCGGGCGUGCGUGCGGAGGCCCGCGCGGUGCAGGCGGAGAGCACGUCAGCCGCUAGGCCUCGGCCGCGGCCCUGCAGCCACAUGGCCUCCGGAGUGGGCGCGGCCUGCGAGGAGCUGCCUCCCGACGGCACGUGUGACGAGUGCGAGCCCGACGAGGCGCCCGGGGCCGAGGAGGUGUGCCGCGAUUGCGGCUUCUGCUACUGCCGCCGCCACGCCGACGCGCACCGCCAGAAGUUCCUCAGCCACCGCCUGGCCGAGUACGUCCAUGGCGCCCAGGCGUGUACCCCGCCUGCCCGCGAGGACGACGAGGUCCCCGAAGACGUCGAGGCCCAAGGGGAGCCCGAGGGAGAGGUAGAGAGCGAGGUGGGGGAAGAAGAGAGCGAGUCGGAGGAGGACAGUGAGUCGGAAGAGGAGAGCGAGACGGAGGAAGACAGUGAGGAUGAGAGCGAGGAGGAGAGUGAAGAAGAAGACAGCGAGGAAGAGAUGGAGGAUGAGCAGGAAAGCGAGGCGGAGGAAGACAACCAAGAAGGAGAGUCCGAGGCAGAGGGAGAAACUGAGGCAGAAAGCGAAUUUGACCCCGAAAUAGAGAUGGAAGCGGAGAGAGUGGCCAAGAGGAAGUGUCCUGACCAUGGGCUGGAUUUGAGCACCUAUUGCCAGGAAGACAGGCAGCUCAUCUGUGUCCUGUGUCCCGUCAUUGGGGCUCACCGGGGCCACCAGCUGGCCACACUCGAUGAGGCCUUCGAAGAACUGAGAAGCAAAGAUUCGGGUGGACUGAAGGCGGCUAUGAUAGAGUUGGUGGAAAGGUUAAAGUUCAAGAGCUCAGAUCCUAAAGUAACUCGAGACCAGAUGAAGGUAUUUAUACAGCAGGAAUUUAAGAAAGUUCAGAAAGUGAUUGCUGAUGAGGAGCAGAAGGCCCUUCAUUUAGUGGACAUCCAAGAAGCAAUGGCCACAGCUCAUGUGACUGAGAUACUGGCGGACAUCCAAUCUCACAUGGAUAGGCUGAUGACUCAGAUGGCCCAGGCCAAGGAACAACUUGAUACCUCUAAUGAAUCAGCUGAGCCAAAGGCAGAGGGUGACGAAGAAGGACCCAGUGGUGCCAGUGAAGAAGAGGACACAUGAAGACGAACCAUUCCUCGUGGAAAACACCCCUUCCCCGUGUGUAUGUGACAGCGUGUAUGUAAUGGCUUCUGAUAUCUGUGAAAGCUGCCUGGCAACAAACUUCUUCCACUGGAUAUGUCCCCAGAUCCACAGCAGGCACACACGUCGCCAAGAGACAACAAGUUUUAUGAGUACUGACUGUGGGCUUCUUGUUCUCUUGUGGUAGGUCAUGGGAAGAGCCCCUUUGAUCAACUUGGAGGCUCUUCAGGCAACUCCCCAAAGGCUGCUUUUGAACUUACUUACUCAGGAAAGCCAGCCCCUGGAAUAUUGUGCAAGUCAACAGUAUCACUUUCUAAGGAAGGUUCUAGAAUAUCUUGAAAGGAAAUAAGUUUUUUCCGUACCUGCAAACAGAAAACCCACUUGGUUUGUACUGAAGCUUACAGCAAAUGUGGCCAAGCAGGGCCGCACUGGCUCCUUAGACAGUUUCUCAUAGUGCAGUCCUGCCUUUGUGAAAGGCAUUAGAGCAACUGGGUGGAACAUGGGGUUGAAAAAAGAGUCCAGAGCUAGAAAGAAGAUAUUUUUAGUAUAUGGUAUUAUCUAGGACUUCAGAUUCAUAAUUCAGUGCUGAGGAAAUGGGAAAAGUGAUUGAAGAGGUAGUAAGAAAAUGACUUUAAGGAGUGUGAUGGGAAAAGAACAAAGAAAUCUGAUUAAAAGUUGAAAUCAGUGUUUCAGAAUUCAGAUUGCCCAAAUUUUCCAAAUUGUCACUAAAGUGUCUGAUAGAACCUGAAUUCUUGGGCUAGCUGUAUGGACUACUAUGUCUGUCACAAAAUAGAAGACUAGCAUGUAUAUCGCCAGGUGGGAAUUGUCACUGUAAAAUUUACCAGUUCCACCCCCAGGUUAGCCUAAGGUGGCUUCAGUGCACUGUGAUGAGAAUCCAUGCCACUUGCUGGCUGGCUUGGAUUCAGAUCCAUCUGCCAGCAAACAUUCCCUCUCUUUCCUACAAUUGGAAUCCUCCUUCUCCCUGCAGCAGGCCUUCAGUUCACCUCCCGCACCCCAGCUCUCCCCUCCCAUGUAGCAUGAGCAGGCAUGCCCCAGAGCUGCAUUUCUUGGCCUUCUCCAAUUUCCAGGUCACAGUUCUUACAACCACACUUUUCAGGGUCAAGGAAGCAGUGGUGUAUUGAGAGAUACCCAACUGCAAGCUCACACACACACACACACACACACACACACACAUCUUCUCGAGACAUGAGUUUUUCUUACCAAAUGAUUUAAAGCCAGGGGAUGACAUUGUGUUGUAAUAGAACAAACAGUUGUUAGAGAAGAGACUGUUCAUACACUUACACUGUAGAGAUACAAGGUAGGAGACUUGGAAGGUAAUGCUCGUUUACAGGUGGACAGUGUGUUCCCUCCCUCUGCUUGUGUGGUAUUUCCAUGUGAACACUGAGAUUCUGUUUGAAUUGUAUUCAAGCAACCUUGCGGUUGCUGUUGAUCAAGCUCUAGACUUUCAGUGUCUCUGAGGUAGAUCCAAGGAGUCUGCCUUGGGGGAUAUCCCCCUUUUCUUGCCUGCCUGCUUGCCUGCCUAUAACCUGUAUACUUAUCACAAAGCUUAAGGGGCAGCUAAUGUGUGUACAGGAUAGUUCUGAGGCAGAAUCAGCACAUGCUUACUGUAGGGUCCUAUUUAUAUCAUUGUUCAAUCCUGUGCAUGCUGUAAAAUGAUUUAUUCCUUUGAGGCCAGGAAACUGCUAGGCCUGUAUGCUCUAGGUUAGGAUUACCCUAGCUUACUACACAUAUAAGGGUGUCGGGAGGGAGGAGUUUAAAAUUAGUAUAUAUAUUCAUUCACAAACUGGUGGCUAGUAGAUAAUAACUUAGACAAUUUUGAUCCUUUACCAUCUGUCUGCAAAGACUGAAGAAUUUAAUACACCCUGAGUUAACAACCUCCAUUGAUAUCCUGUUUUAAAAAUUCUUUACAAAGGACCAAAACUACUCUAGAAAAAAUGUAGAAAAUCAUAAGAUUGAAAAUACUUCAGAUUUUGGAAGCUUGUGUUGUCUUUCCCCAGUAAUCAUUGUUUGAUCUUUACAUGUUGACCUUGUAUUGCCAAUGGACAGAUCAUUGGCUUUUCACACCUAAUCAUGCUAUUAUUAUAUCAGUAUUUGGGAAAUCCAAGCAUUUAUGUAGUGGUUAUAAACAGAACUAUAAAAAUAUUUGCCAACCUGUUCCUAUGAAUUAUCGUCUGUCUGGAAUCCUCAAGGAAAGCUUUCCCGUUUCUUUAGAAAGGGUUUCAGAUUUGCUUAUGGGCUCCUGCUGUCUCCAGCAUCUGGUAAGAUUUUAACCAGGAAAUUAAACACAGCACAGCAGCUUCUGCCUGCCCAGAUCCCUAAGUUUCCGUGGCAGCAUUUAUCAGUGUAAGAACUAGGAUACUUUCUGCAGUGGUGCCAGCUUCAUCCUCAGAGCUAGGACCUGCUGCUUGGCCUUGUGCCCCUCAUGAGGAAGCUUCUUGCCUUCCAGGUCAGUGUGAGUUAGAUUUGUGUGUGUCCUGGUUGACUGUGGAAAGCAGAGUUGACCCGGAUCCCUAGGAGAAAUCAUUAAGUGAUUCAGGUAAAGGAUGUCUCCAAAAAUGAGUUGGGUACCCACAGCAAGUCCUGGCAACCUUCUGAAUGUUGAGUUUUUGAGAACAGUUCCAAGAAAUGUUUGACUUCUCAGCUCUGACAGCCAGGAAAAGGAAGUAACCUGAGGACAGGCUAUGAGGCAGGCUCUCUGUAAAUGUGCUGAGGACUCGUCUCUUGUCUGUAGUUGCUAGGAAAUGCUGGAACCAUUCUGAACACAGAAUUCUCUCCCCUCUCUGCAAUCAGCUCUCUGCCCCCAUUCCAUGUCUCACCUACAAAUCCAGAGAGAGGAAAAGAUUUCAGUUCCCCAGUGCAGUUAUGCCCGUUCACAUUAUAAACCAUUUUUCAAAGACAUCAAGAUAACCUUACUCCUCUUUGUUAGGAGACAUUGUAAGUACUCAUUAUUAACUUGAGCUUCCUUCUAGAAGCUGAGUAGUAUUUUCUUUCAGUGUCAUCCCCACAAAAGAAACAAAAGGGGAUUUGGCCUUCAAGAGGGUAAAGUUUUCAGACAUAGUGAAGGUGACAAUAGUCUUCAAUAUCUCCUGCUUCAUUGCUAUAGAAAAGCAAAUCCUCAUAUUUUAGUAAACUUAGCUACCAUAUUCUGUACUCUGUGAGAAGGUGCCAAUUCAAAUCACUGACUUUGGACUCCCUACCUGGUGUGUGUGUGGAGGGGGGGUGUAAAUGAGAGAGAGAUUUAUACACACAUGCACAUACUAUUAUUUAAUGGUUAAGUGAUACUCACAACUGCCCCUGGUGAUCUUAUAUACCACCACAAAGAUUUCUUGUAGCUCCAUACCAGAUCAUUGGAGUGAGUGCUGGCUUUCCAGAAGAGCCCUUAGUGGUAGGUGUCAACUUUUAAAACAGAUCCAAGGUGACAGCCAGGAAGGAAAUUGCACCCCAGCCCCCUUCCACCAUGUCUAAUAACAUGUAAAAUUUAGAUGCCCUGUCAUUUUGGUGACUUGGAUCAUUUUGGUCACUUCAUUUGGGCCUGAGUGUACAGCUGUAUAAUUUAUAACCUUGUAGUAGUCAGAGGUCUAGGGAGUCCUAUCUCCCCACAGAGAAAAUGUCCUGCUGUUCCUGAUACAAUACUCUUGUGUAAUAGCUGUUCAGUACAUGCUUUUCAGGAAAUAAUUGGUUGCAUGUUUACUGUGGGCUGUCAUCUAGAUUUUUUUGUUUGUGUUUUUAAAGACAGAAAUCCCAUUAUAAAUCAAGUGCAGCCCUACUCUAAGGGAACAGGCCUACAAGGGAGAUUGCAGAUCUUACUGACACUGCCUUCACGUAGCAGUGUUUCUGAAGCCUUCACCCUAUGGAAUUCCAAGAGCCAUAGGAACUGUUUGUUUGCCAAGAAAACAGAUCAUUUGGAUCACUUGGUCUCACAUUACCAUGUGAGGCUGAGAACUCAUCAGAAACACCAGAACUUGGGCCAGAACAAGAAAGUGAAAAUAAAUGAAGACAUUUGAAGGUGCAGAGAAGCAGCCAGAGUCCAUACUGGACUUGAUGUGACUUUGAGGGGACCAGUGAUUUAUACUUUGUGGAAGUUAAACCUGACCAGUCUUCUUACAGUGACAGGCCACAAUGCGUGAGUGGGUAGAACCAACGAAUCCAUUGUCUUCUGCCUGUUUUCGUGUACAGUCACAUUCCCUCCUUAGUCAUCUUCCCCUUCCUCCCUGUACACUAAACAAGGGAACACUCAAUCUUUCAAGGGAAUCACAUAUCUCAGUUAAUGUUUCAGUAUAUCAUUUUCAUACUGUAAAUUAUUUUGUAAGAGAGAUUUACUGCUAUCCCAGGAUGUUCGGACUUGGCGCCCCUGUGCAUUUGGAAAUCAAUAAACUAUUACUGGAAAUAC